CCCUCUCCUCCCUCUCCUUCUCUCAUUAGGCUUUUUCGCCGGCACAAGACACCGACACACUCCCUUUCCCCCCCCCUCCCCCCUCCCCGUAACCGGACAAUAAACACGGAGCGGCGACGGGAGCAGGAUUGACCUCCGCCGGUGCGCACCACCAUCCAUGGUCCUCCUUUGGAUCUGACAGGAGGGUUGGUGUUACUUUGCUGACAAGGAGGCGAAGAGAGCAAGUUAGGAGCCCUCCCAGACAGCAGGGGGCAGCAGCAGUAACCAUGCAGGACUCGGUCUCGGACAGCAAGAUGGCCAAACAGGAACAGAAUUUCAAGCUUCUGGAUGAACCCAGGGAAACGGACGACUUGUCGGAGAAGACGUCCCCAAACAAGAACCUCAAGUCUCCCCAGAAGGGCUCCAAAAGACUUAAAACCGCCCCCUUCAAAAUGACCAUGCUGGACUCCUCCGAGUUCGAAGGCGAAAUUGAGAAACACUCCAAAGGACAGACCCUGAUGGACAUGGUGUGUGAGCACCUCAACUUGUUGGAGAAGGACUAUUUUGGCAUGACCUUUGCCGACACGGACACCCAGAAGAACUGGUUGGACCCCUCCAAGGAGAUCAAGAAGCAGAUGCGCAACUCUCCGUGGAACUUUGCCUUCUCUGUCAAGUUCUACCCUCCAGACCCCUCCCAGCUCACAGAGGAUAUUACCAGAUACUACCUGUGUCUGCAGCUGAGGGAUGACAUGCUGUCAGGUCGGCUGCCGUGCUCGUUCGUCACUCACGCCCUCCUGGGCUCCUACAGCGUUCAGGCCGAGCUGGGGGACUACGACCAGGACGACCACGGCCCCGACUACGUCAGCGAUUUCCGCUUCGCCCCCAAUCAGACCCGCGAGCUGGAAGAGCGGGUGAUGGAGCUCCACCGAAACUACAAGGGGAUGACUCCAGCAGAGGCUGAAAUUAACUUCCUGGAGAAUGCAAAGAAACUGUCCAUGUACGGGGUGGACCUCCAUCACGCUAAGGAUUCCGAAGGGAUCGACAUUAUGUUGGGCGUCUGUGCCAACGGGCUGCUGAUUUACCGCGACAGGCUGAGGAUCAAUCGAUUUGCCUGGCCAAAGAUCCUCAAGAUCUCCUACAAGAGGAGCAACUUCUACAUCAAGAUACGACCCGGAGAGUAUGAGCAGUUUGAAAGCACAAUCGGGUUCAAGCUUCCGAACCACAGAGCUGCCAAGAGGCUGUGGAAGGUCUGCAUCGAGCAUCACACCUUCUUCAGGCUGGUGUCUCCAGAGCCUCCUCCGAAGGGCUUCUUGGUGAUGGGUUCGAAGUUUCGAUACAGCGGAAGGACACAGGCUCAAACCAGACAGGCCAGUGCUCUUAUAGACCGACCCGCUCCGCACUUUGAGCGUUCCACCAGCAAGAGGUACCUGCUGUCCAGGAGCUUGGAUGGAGCUGAGUUCUCGCGGCCGAUUUCCGCCAUGUGCGAGAACCACGACGGCCUGUCCCACCGCAGCGUCGGGGAACAGCGUCGCGUCCACAGCCCCUCCGUGGACGAGCAGGAGACCGAGCUGGAGCCCAGUCUGGAGCAGGACGAGGAGGACGAGGACCAAGAGCGGGCCGAGGAGACGGGGCAAGAGGACGACGGCGACGUCACCCCAAGCAGAAAGAAAGAGAUCAUGUUCCUGGAUAAGUCAAAGGACGUCUUGCUGAAGCACCAGGCCAGCAUCAACGAGCUGAAGAGGACCCUGAGGGAGCCGAGCAGCAAGCUGUCGUACCGCGAGAAACGUCUGUCAGCCACCUCCCCGACUGGCACACCGGAGAAGAAGGCUUCGGCGGGCCGAGCAGCGGGGAAGGACCCUGUUAACAGCGUGUCUGUUGAGGGUUUCGUCCAGAAGACUGUGGUGGCUUCGCCUGAGGGCUCUGAGGAGUGGGUAUUGAUUGAAAAACAAGAAACUUAUCAACAGGACCAUGACUGGAAGACAGAAGAAAAGAAGAGAGCAUCUGAUUCCUCAUGGGAGAAAAUGGAGCUGGAAAGAGAGAUAGACAUUGCCCAGAUGAUGCAUAAAGAGGUAACAGGGUAUGACAGAAAAGAAAUGAAAAGCCAUAGUGAUGAUUUUCCGUCAACAAAAUCGUCCAGAGAGGCAGAUGAGUGCUCUGAGCCGCGGCCGGCGAACAAAAGUCGCUUCGUGAUUCAAUUAACGGAGAAUUCAGACUCCUUUCAAGAGAAAUCUCAAUGCAAACCGUAUCAAGCCUCAGACCCCGAGGCAAACAAUGAUGUGGCCGGCGGCUCGCGGCAGAUGAAGGAGCGCACUGCUUCUAAACCACGGAAAAAGAGGAGACCCCAGAGCUUAAACCUGGGGAUGCCUGCCGAGCUCAUCUACAAGAAAGGAAGCGGGGAUUCCACUGAAGAAGAGAACGAGGACUCGGAGUCGGACAACAGUCCAGAGGAAGACCCCAAAACAGGAAAUCAUUGUGAAUCCCCGGCCGCGGAGAUGAUGAGAGGUGAUGAGGGAUCAGUAGAGGAUCAGUCUCGCAGUGUCUUUAAAGACAGCCAACAAGAGGAUAUGUCGAUAGGAGAAAGCAGGGCGGUCUCCACUCUAGGAACAGAGCAGGUGAAGAAAAAGGUGAGUCUAGUUGAGGCAGCUGACGUCGAUUCAGACUCAGUGAACGGACUCGGGAAGAUAGAACCUGAUAGUUCGUUGACGGGCGUUAAAGGGGAGUGUGCGAUGAAGGUGCGAGGUCGGGGCCUUAUCGACAACAAGGAGCUAGCCGAGGUUAAGCUGCGACAGGUGAGGACGCACGAGAUGAAGGUCAGUAGUUCCGGGGGGGAGGACGUGGAUGGUUUCACGGGAGGACAGAGGACGUCCCUCCACCGGCUGUCAGGCAGCAGCUGCCAGUCGGAGAUCUCCAGGAUCGUCCCUCUCAAGCCAGAGCGCGCCAAGAGCGUCACGUGUAAGGACGAAAGAGAUGGUACGGGACAGGACGAGCUCACGCGGGUCCUCAGGCGAGAACACCGCUGGUCGGUGGGCUCUCCAGAGAGAUCCUUAGACCUCACCUGGACUGACGCCGCCGCCUGUCACCCCGCGUUCGCAGCCGAUCUGGAGGGUAUCGCUAAAACAGAUCACACCGAUGACGGUCACCAGUCUGCUCGAGGACCCAUGGAGAGUCAGUCGUUCGGCUCAAAGAUUUCGCCGCUUCCCAAAAUGGCUCCCCCGGCUCCGCCAGUGAAAACCCAGAAGGCCCGGGAGUCUGGGCUAAUACUGCGGAACAGCCGAACUGCCGGCAGGGAGCCGAGCCUGGACGCUGCCAAGAAGAGACACUCGGAGCCCGUCUCUACUCCCGCCAUUUAUGAAGAGCCGUUUGCUGAUUUCAAGAAAGAGCUCGGGGACAGGAGGCCUCAGCCGGGCCUGGCCCCGGAGGAGGAGCAGGAGCGUGACACGGUGGCCUGCAUGAGGGAAACCCACCUGGGCAUCGAGCGCAAGUGCUCCAGCAUGACGGUCAGCUCCACGUCCAGCCUGGAGGCCGAGGUCGACUUCACCGUCAUCAUGGACCUCCAUUCCGGCGCCGAGGACUUCUCUAAGUGCAUGUCGGAGGUGGGAGAGAGGGAGCGACAGCCCGAGGUGGGCCGGGAGGACUUCGAGGAGACCUCCAGGUUCUACUCUGCCCGUCUCAUGGGCUCCCGGGACAAGUCUCCCAUGGAGGAGAAGCUUCUUGAGGAGGGAGCACAUCAUGAGCCUCCAGUAGCAAAGAAGGAAGCCAGUGCUGUGAGCAUGGCCCACAUGCUGAAGAGGGCCGACUCCAAGUCCGAGGCGCAUACGAAUGGAUCCGAGGUCCACGCCGGCAUCACGCAUGUCUCACCGCAGGACUGUGGAGUCGUCAGCCCGCGGGAGGCUCCUGCUGCCCUCAAAGAAAACGGCUCCCCUGUAAAAGCCGUAACCCAGGGGAGGGAGUCUGUUGUGUCCCCGCUGACCAUCACCGCCGAGAGCGUCACCUCUGCAACCACAACUCAAGUUACCAAGACUGUGAAAGGAGGCUACUCGGAGACCAGAAUCGAGAAGAGGAUUAUAAUCACAGGUGACGAUGAUGUGGACCAACAUCAGGCCCUCGCCAUGGCGAUCCAAGAGGCCAGGCAGCAGCACCCCGACAUGCUGGUGACAAAAGCAGUGGUCAUCAGGGAAACAGAGUCUCCCACUGAGGAGCUGCGGCAACAGCAAGCAGAGUCCUGAUCGGCCACGGUGGCUCCUGAGACGGGCCAGGGGGGGGGACCGGGGAGACCCUCCUCCAGGCCCGCUCCCCCCCCCUCCCUCGCAGACUCUCUACCCCCGCCUGAGGAAACACUGAAACAAGAACAGACUGCGUUCCAUGAAGCAGUAGACCUCCACUCCCGACUGUGACCCCCCUCCCCCCCCCCCCCCCGCCUACCUGUCCUGGCCCAACCCAGCCUUCGCCGGCCCUCCGCCUCAUUACGGAACAGGAAGACGUCUUCAACUGGAUGAUUCACCGCUUAGAGUCACAGCUAUUUGAAUUCACCUCUGUUCGAGUCAUUUGUAGGAAGCCUGACUUGCAUAUUAUUUAAUCCAAUAUUCCCAAAUAUGUGUCCCAUAUAUAAUGAAUACGAUAUAGGAGGGAGGGGGGGGGGGAUGGAGACAACGUUGGUGGCUGGGGCACCUUCAGCGACACCUUCAGUAUAAUCAACAGCUGUCGUAUUAGCUUUUUACAUUUUUAUCUAUAGAGGAUCUAAUUUAUGUCCCAGUGUUUGCUUGUUUAUGAAACGUGUAUAAUAUCAGAUAAUCUGCAUGAUUACUAAAAAAUAAAAAAUAAAUAAAAAAUAGCAGAGGGAAUGAAAAAAAAAAGAAUAAAUACACAAACAUGUCACGUGAGGGAUGACGACGAGGUCCGCUGACGAAGGACAGCUGGAGAUCCACAUGCUGGCAUCAAACAUGCAAUGGACGCCGUCCUCGUCCCGUUCGCCCGUUUACCUUUCUUUCUUUUCUUUUAUUUAAAUUUUCAACUCGCCUUCUACAUAAAGGAAAUGCUGGUCACA